CAGAGUGAUCGCAGACAUGGACACGACCACAUCGAUCAAGAUGACGACGCUGGCGAUCCAGAACCUGUUCAGCUACGUGGAGGAGGAGAACCUGUCAGCUCUCAAAGCUCACUUGGACCGUUUCAAGGAGGUGGACGGACGGAGUGACAAUGGACAGACACCCCUCAUGCUCGCGGCGGAGCAGGGCAGUCUAGAGAUUGUUCAGGAGCUCAUCAGGAGAGGAGCUAAUGUCAACCUGGACGACGUGGACUGCUGGUCGGCUCUGAUCUCUGCAGCUAAAGAAGGUCACAUGGAUGUGGUGAAGGAGCUGCUGGAGAACAGCGCCUACAUCGAACACCGAGACAUGGGAGGAUGGACAGCUCUGAUGUGGACGGCUUAUAAAGGUCGUGAGGACGUCACCAAGCUUCUGCUGGAGCAUGGAGCCAACCCCAACACCACAGGACAGCAAUACAGUGUGUAUCCAAUCAUCUGGGCCGCCGGUCGAGGACACGCCCACAUCGUCAAACUGUUGCUGCAGAACGGAGCAAAGGUCAACUGUUCUGACAAGUAUGGGACCACUCCUCUCAUCUGGGCGUCCAGAAAAGGACACUUUGACUGUGUGAUGCACCUGCUGGAGAACGGAGCUGAUGUCGACCAGGAGGGGGCAAACUCGAUGACGGCUCUAAUUGUGGCAGUGAAAGGCGGGUACACCGAGGUGGUGAAGGAGCUGUUGAAGAGGAACCCCAAUGUCAACAUGACUGACAAAGAUGGAAACACUGCGCUGAUGAUUGCCGCCAAGGAGGGUUACACCGAGAUUGUCCAGGACCUGCUGGAUGCCGGGACAUACGUCAACAUCCCGGACCGGGUGAGACAGUCACACCGCCAUAU